CUGGUGGAGUCCCGUUGGAAAGGCUGAAGUAAACAAACUCUUGCCUGGACAUCUGUUGCGGUGCCUUUAUCUGACAGUGUGGUCGUUUGCGGGGACAUUACAUCUCCUUAACCGAUCAACACUUCUUUAAGUAUACACACAUCCAUUAUUGUCCAGAACACACAUGUAGCGGACGCCCAGCACGACACUUAACACAUAAUAACAAUGACACGUGGGCGCGCUGGGAGGGGCCGCAAAUUUGGGGGCACCAAGGCCUCAGCAGAAGGAGUUGUGCCCGGUAAAAGACAUUAUGAAGAAUUCGGAGAGGCUCACCCGAUCGACGAGAAGGAGUCUAGAGUGAAGAGACUGAAGGUCGAGGAUUCAAGAGAUGGUUCCAGUGACUACGAAGAUGAGGAUUCUGACUCAGUUUCCAGUGACGAGGAAGGUGCUGCUGGCGACCCACUCUCCACACUCCUUGCAACCUUCAACACCCACACUGGGAAGGCCGUAGACAGUGAUGAAGAGGUGGAAGAUGAGGAGGAGGAUGAGGAGGAUGACGAUGAUGAUGAAGAAGAUGAGGACGAGGAGGAAGAAUGGGGAGAUGUCGAUGACGGGGUAGAAUUGAGUAAAGAUGAAAAUGACAGUGGAAGUGAUGAGUCAGAUGCCAGUGACUCUGAUCAAAGUGAAGACACGAGAGUAAAGCACUUAAACAACAAAGAUGUGGGGUCUGGAAAGCAAAGUGGCAGUUCUGACAGUCUAGAAAACAGAGCGAAAUCAAGUUAUUCAUCUGAUGAAGAAGACGAUUCUGCUGACACUGAGGGCGACCUUUUCUCAAGACACUUUGAGCGGAAUCUAAGUGAGUCAUGUGCAGAACAAGUAAAGGAUAAGGCAAAGUGGACCUCAGCUUUCCAGAAGUGGCCCACACUAGGGAACAUAAAAGUGCAAGUCCCAAAAGUGGAAAUUCAAACCUCAAAGCCUCUCUUGUUAGCUGAGGAGAGUGAAGAAACCAACCCACCUACCAUUGGCAUGAUUCCUCAACAUCCUGACUUAGAAAACUACAGUUUGCAGAAUUGCUGCAUAAGGAAAAACUUGCAAGAUAAUUUUGCAUAUGCCAGUAAUUGUGAUAUGCUUGGAUAUGAAGGGUGCCCUGCCAAGCUCUCAAAUUUGCAGAAAGAAUUGUUAUGUAUAUUGUCAAGUUACUCAGACUUGUACUAUCCAGAAGCCUCCCAUGAACACUGGGAUGAGGUGAACAUUAUUUACACUCUUCAUGCUGUCAAUCACGUUCUCAAAACAAGAAAGAAGAUUAUGAAUCACAACUCCAAACUCAAAUCCCGAGCACAGAAGAAAAGUGAGACUACCAGUGGCUUGUACCGGGAUCAAGGCUACACCAGGCCCAAGGUCCUUAUUCUGCUCCCCUUCAAAUAUUCUGCAUACAAGGUUGUGGAGACAAUCAAGGCACUCUUGUUUAAAGGCAAUGAGAAAAAUGUCCUGAACUACAAUCGCUUCAAAGAAGACUUUGGCCCAUCAGAAGAAGAAACCGAGAGCAGAAAUGACAAACUUAGUCGUCCAGAAGAUUUUAUAGCAACCUUUACAGGCAAUAUAAACGAAGACUUCAAGAUUGGUCUGAAGGUCACCAAGAGUUCCCUGAAGUUGUAUGCAGAUUUCUAUCAGUCUGACAUCAUCCUUGCCUCCCCGUUGGGCCUUCGCUACAUCAUGGGCUCCACCACCCGCACAGACAUUCAGUCUGACUUCCUGACAUCAGUUGAAGUUCUUAUUCUUGAUAAGGCAGAUAUUUUCAUGAUGCAAAACUGGGAGCACAUCCUUGUGUUGAUGGACGCAAUCAACAAGCCGCCUCGUGACAUCCACAAAAUCAGCACAGACCUGACGAGGGUGAGGCUGUGGUCACUGGAGGGCCACGCACCCCUCUACCGACAGACCCUCAUCUUUUCCUCCACACCAGUAGACUACCAUCGAGCACUUAUCAGCAAAUGUACCAAUUUUGCUGGCAAAUUAGAGGUGCUGAACCCAUCCCAGGGCGGGUCAGUGGAGGAGGUGGUGGUGCACACAAAUCUAGUGAUCAACAAGAUCUUAGGUGUGAGGGAUCCAGACGCACGUUUCCACCACUUCACCACAGAGCUGCUGCCUCGCCUCCGCUCAGAGCACCGAAGUCACACACUGAUCUACAUUCCUGACUACUGUGAUUAUGUGAGGCUGUUGAGGCAUCUCAAAGAGGACGGUGGUACCAGCAUUGCCUCCAUCAAUGAAUACAUGGUUUCACAAAACAGCAAAGUGGCCAAAGCUCGCAGCCUUUUCUUUGAUGGGAAGCGCCACUUUCUAUUGUACACGGAGCGGUUUCACUUCUACCGUCGAUACCGCAUCAAGGGCGUGAGGCACGUCAUCUUCUAUGACCUCCCCACCUAUCCACACUUCUUCUCGGAGAUCUGCAAUUUGAUGGUUGAGGGCAACCAGAACCCUCGCACCAAACGUCAGCAGCAGGGGAGCAGCACCGUGACAAUGAUCGUCCAGAAGUCUGACUUGACGCGGCUGGUUGGGAUCCUUGGCCAGCAGCGUGCAGCAGACAUUCUAUCCUCAGAGAAAGUUGUCCACACAUGUGUUCUUGGAAGGUGACCGUAGACAUGUAUUGUCCUGAUAGAACUAUAGCUGUUGGAUCUUUUGAAGUGUGAUCCUUUAAAAAAUGACCGUCAUACAUAGCCCCAUUUUAGUCCUGAAGUACAAGGCAGCAGAAUAGUCCAUCUGUAGCUUUAAUAUCCUGUUUCCUCCAGGAACUCUCCUGUUUGGAGAAAAGUAUCCUUUUCUCCCUUUUUAUACACUUCUGUUUUACAUGUAAAGAAAUGACUUUAAAAAUGCUUGCAAAUAACAAGAUCUGUAAUUACUGGACAAGAAUAAUAAUAGUACUGCUCUAUAAAAGAGAGACCUUGAUGAAUGCAAGACAUAUGGGAAUAUUUAUGUAAAUUAAACUGCUCUAUUUAACCUCUA